CGAACGAGAACUGGAAGCCGUGACACAAUAUUCUUUCUUCUCUUGCAUGGGAGAAUAAGUUCCCCCCCCCCUAUUGCAGAUACUGGACAAAAUGUUUUUGGUGGGAUUGACAGGUGGCAUUGCAUCAGGAAAAAGUACAGUAGUAGCUCUGUUGCAGGAACUGGGUUGUGCUGUUAUUGAUGCUGAUGUUAUAGCUCGGCAAGUGGUCCAACCAUACUUCCAGGCAUAUCGGCGUAUUGUGCAUUCCUUCGGUCCAGAAAUUCUUUUGGAGAGUGGUGAGAUCAACCGUGAAGCUUUAGGAAAUAUAAUUUUUUCCCAACCAGAAAAACGGCAACUGCUAAACUCCAUCACUCAUCCUGAGAUCCAGAAGAAGAUGUUAAAAGAGAUCUUGAAAUACUUUGUCUUGGGCUAUCGAUAUGUGAUUUUGGAUAUCCCGCUCCUCUUUGAGAGCAAAAUGCUGACCAGAUUCAUGAAGCACACAGUUGUUGUGUAUUGUGACCCACAAGCCCAGCUGUCUCGCUUGAUGCACAGGAAUGGGCUGACUCAGACAGAGGCAGAAGCACGCAUUUUUGCCCAGAUGCCUCUUGCUCAGAAGGUCAAGUUGGCUGACCACGUCAUUGAUAACUCAGGAGAUGCUGAGACCACCAAGAAGCAGGUCCUUAAAUUACACACAGAGUUGGAGAACUCCUUGGAGUACCUUAUGGUGCGAUUAUUGGCUAUAGGAGCAACAGUGGGCGUGGGAGGUCUCAUGUACUUUCUAGUGCAGCAGCUUGUGUAAUAGGCUGUUCUUUCAUGAUCAAAGAGGGGAGAGGAAAUCUAGACUUUUAAUUUAGAUUGCAUUGCAUUUAUGCACAAAAGAUCUAUUAUAGGACAAGAAGGGAUUUUAGUGGGGACUUGUUUUAGUAAGUGGACUGCUGGGUUAGGGGUGAUGAUUGGGAAACAUUACAUUAAUUUAAUAAGCAAACAAUUAAAGGGCUGUUAUAUUAGUUUUUGGCAUGAGAAUAACUACAAGUUUUUUUAAAAAAAAACAUCGUUGGAUAAGAUCUGCUAUUAAUCAUCUCUUAGAAACAUUUACUUUUGUGGCUAGUAAUAGCACUUAGACUUAUAUACCACUUUGCAGAGCUUUACAGCCUUCUCUAAGCGGUUUAUGGAGACAGCAUAUUGCCCCCAACAAUCUGGGUUCUCAUGUAAAUCAACAUCCAUAUUACUUCUGUAGGAGUGGGUGAGAAGUAAACGUAACACCUCCUACAAGGAAAUCAGGAAUUAAAUCUGUAGCUUUUCAGUAAGACAUUAUGCUGCUUCAUAUUGUGUAAUGUCUUUUUAUUAAAAUGACUAAUUGAACUCAAUGUUACAUAACCAGUUUAUCUUCAAAUAUAGUUCUUUUAUUUAACUUUAUAUCUAUCAGUCUAAGAUGAGUAUGAGUGAAUGUAAUGUAAUGCUGUAAUCUAUCGGUAAUGUAAUAUUUUAAAGUUUCCUAUAAUCAGGGAAUCUUGACUACUUCGCAUGUCUGCAAAGGUUUUGAGACACUCACAAGAUUUCUGUAAGUAUAAUGGAGAUGCAGAGAAACACUGCAGAGUCCACU